UAUUUUAAAAAUUUGCCCUCGAUACUGCUCAGUGGCUUUUUCUGGCUUCCGCUUGGGCACUCCCGUUUGCACCAAACUACCUGCAAUCCCCCAAUGAAACUUCAAUCCGAAUCUGAUACCGACGUUCCUGUUCAUUUCAUUCCACGAUCCCACGCCGCGAUCUAGAACUAUUCCAACUCUCGCCGGAACCCCGUCGUCCCCCCGGUGCUCCUUUUUAUCACCCAUGACGCCUUGAUUACCUAUCCCCCAAUUCUUCUCACUUUCGCUUCUUCAUCCACUGUCCAUGCUGCCUGAACUUAACUCUUGUUGUCGAGACUCGAUCCACGGCGCCCAUCUAUCUUUCAAUUCCCUCCUCUCACCUCUGUUGUUUGGAAGUGGCUUCUGUUAGGUUUUGAAAGUAGGGUUUUGCAACCAGGUCGCUCUUAUCAUACCUCAUCUAAAUGGAAUUAAAUUUGGCUAGUCCUAAGUGGAAUGUCGAGCGGCCCUUCCUAACCGGUAGAUUCCAUCAGGAAACCAAAAUUCCUAAUGCGACAUCAGGUCCUAGGCCCUUCUCCUUGGAGUCAUUAAGUCGUGGUUCUGAAAAUGUUAUUGGAUCGUACCCAGUUUCAGUCCAGGAACUUUUGAUCAUUGAUGAUUUGCUCUCUGCACUUGUGGGCAUUGAGGGGCGCUACAUUUCGAUAAAGAGAGUACGGGGAAAGGAAGGCCGAGUUAUUUUUCAGAUUGAUCCAUCCAUGGACUUAGCCUUACAGGAGUUGAUUCAGAGGUUAUUCCCCCUUUGUGAAGCCUAUGUGCUGGUCAGCUGGUUUGUCGAGACUAAAUCACAUUUUGGGUCUGGUCUUGUGAACCAUGCGUUAGCUGCUGCAAUGAGAGCACUCCUUUUGGAUUACCAAGCUAUGGCAGCGCAGCUUGAACAUCAAUUUCGCCUUGGAAGACUUUCUGUGCAAGGGUUGUGGUUUUUUUGUCAGCCAAUGAUGGCAGCACUGCAUGCUUUAUCCAUUGUAAUUGAGAAAGCAUCUUCAGGCAAUUUGUUUGGUUCGGCUACUCUCAACCUCUUGCAAAGCCAGGCUAAGGCCAUGGCAGGUGAUACUACAGUCCGUGCAUUGCUUGAGAAGAUGACACAGAGUGCAAGUUCUCCAUAUUUGUCGAUAUUAGAAAGGUGGGUCUAUGAGGGGAUUAUUGAUGAUCCACACGGUGAAUUUUUCAUUGCUGAAAACAAAUCCCUGCAAAAGGAGAGUCUUACAAUAGAUUAUGAUGCCAAGUACUGGCAACAGCGCUACAGUCUCAAAGAUGAUACUCCUAGCUUCCUUAGAAGUGCUGCUGGCAUGAUUUUGACUACGGGGAAAUAUUUAAAUGUCAUGAGAGAGUGUGGACACAAUGUGCAGGUCCCCCCAUCAGAAAAUUCAAAACUGACAAGCUUUGGGUCAGACCAUCAUUAUCUAGAAUGUGUCAAGAUUGCUUAUGAUUUCGCAAGUUGUGAACUGUUAAAUCUUGUCAAGGAAAAGUAUGGCCUGAUUGGAAAAUUGCGAUCUAUGAAGAGAUAUUUUCUUCUGGACCAGGGUGAUUUCUUAGUCCAUUUUAUGGACAUUGCUAUGGAGGAACUUGUCAAGAGGCCUGAGGACAUAUCUGUUGAAAAACUGCAGUCACUACUCGAUCUUGCUCUCCGUUCGACAGCUGCUGCUGCAGACCCAUGUCAUGAGGAGUUGACAUGUUGUGUGGAAAGAGUCUCAUUGCUCAGGAAACUGUCUACACUCAAAGAUUUGGGGAGCUCUUUUCAUGCUCCUCCUAGUAAAACUGCUUUAGACAUUGGUGAUCUGCCAGAGCUAGUAAACAUCAACGGCAUAGAAACAUUCUCCCUGAGUUACAAGGUGCAGUGGCCUCUCUCACUAGUCAUAUCGAGAAAAGCUCUGACUAAGUAUCAGUUGAUUUUUCAGCUUCUUUUCCGCUGUAAACAUGUUGAACGUCAACUUUGUGUGGCGUGGCAAGUACAUCAAGGUUUCCGUUCUUGUAACAUACUUGGGACGACCAUCUUACGAUCUUCUAAUCUCUGUCGCAGCAUGCUUAAAUUUAUCAAUAGCCUUCUACAUUAUCUAACAUUCGAGGUUCUUGAACCAAAUUGGCAUCUGAUGCAUGACCGCCUUCAAACUGUGAAGAGCAUUGAUGAGGUGAUCCAAUUACAUGAUUUCUUUCUGCAAAAAUGCUUGAAGGAAUGUUUGCUUCUCUUGCCUCAGCUUGUCAAGAAAGUGGAGAAACUCAAGUCAAUAUGCCUUCAAUAUGCUGCUUCCAUACAGUUAUUAGUACCAUCCAUCUACAUACCUGAUGUGGUUGAUGCAGCAGAUUCCUAUACUUUUAGAUUAGGAAAAUCAAAGGAAAGGAGACCAAGCGGUAGAAGUCGGGCACUAAAAUCCGCAGAGGAGAAUCCCAUAUUCUCUGAUUCUAUCAUGAAAUUUGAGAACGACUUCAAUGUCGAGCUUCAGAGUCUCAGGCCUAUUCUUAGCAGCGGCUCGCAAACUGAGCCAUUUCUGUCGCGUCUCGUGCAAUGCAUUCUUGGCGUGGGCAGUGAUCAAUGAGCUUGAUGUCUGAAUUCUUCAAAUGAAUCAUACUUCUGUGAAAUCAUGAUGUUCCAGUAAGUUGCAAUGGUUUUUCUGCUUGGUUUGAUGGAAUGUUGAUACUUCAAAUAUUUAUAUAUGAUUUGAAAGAUCAAAGAAGAUGAUUUGAACUUCUUUUUGACCUUAAGCUUCUCCUUUCAUCUUGUUAUCAUUCCUUAAACUCUUAGUGUUGGAAGAGAAGAGGUAAUGAGUGCAUUUAUUAGUUUGAGAAGGCUCACGAUAACUUUGUGUAGACUAUCAGUAUUAUGUUGUCAUAAUUGUAACACUGCUUAAUGUAAUUGUAUUUGAUACGAAAUACUAGCUUUUGAAUUUGUAAUGA